GUGGGUGGUCAGCCCAGCCCCUCUAUCUUGGGGACCCUACUGCGGUAGACCCGUGCAGACAACGGACAAUAGACAAGAGAUCAGCAAGCACACGCCAUUUUUGCAUUUUGGGUGAUGGGAUUCUAGAUGCCAUAGAUUUACCUCUGGCCGUUUAAUAUCCGGUUCUGUUGGUAGCGACGAGCAUGUUACAAGGUGCUGAGUCAAGCCAACAGCGCUGUCUCAUAGGACCGAGGGGUAUGUGGGCAUAGAGGACUGCCUGCGCCUUUCAAGCGACACGGGUGACUAUUCGAUAAAAGGGGAAGUGGAACUGAUUGUUUCUGAAUCAUUAUCUCCAGGCAGCUGUUCUCACCGCAUGCCCUGGUUCCUACAGUAGAAACCCUCGGAGAUAAUAUUCAUGACCGAGGCAUAAGUCCUCGUGCAAUAUGUCGAUAUGCCGCGAGCUACAAUGAAGCAUCUCAUCUGGGGAAUGUGUACAUCUCCGCUCUCUUGUGUAAAGGUCUGGAUGGCCUGGACGCAUGCGUGGCGAUGACAGUCCAGUGGAGGGCCCGUGCAGCUUGUCCCCCGGUUUAGGCGCAAGCAGCGGAGCCCCCGCGCGCAGUUUGUGCCCGCUCCGUCCGCUCACGGCAGUGGGAUUGGCGACAUCAUGCCAUCAGCCUUGUGUAACGCCAGAUGACGACAGAGCAAUCACUUGCCGGCCAGCCAUAUUCAAGACAAACCACCUCUAGCAAAAGUGACCACUUGGUAGCAUAUCAGAUCCAGUAAUCUCAACGAUAACCCCCACGUACAGUCCCUCAUGGACAUCGCCUACGACCACAUCCUCGAGUCCAACUUCGAGGACAAGAGCGAGUCCCAGAACAGACAGAACCAGCCCGCCGCUCCACAGGCGAGCUUGAACGAGGAUCUCCAGGAUGCUUACCGCGCCUUUUCCAACAGUCCUUGGGGCGCUAGGAUUGGAGGUUUCUUUGGUAGCGUGGUGAAGCAGCAAGAGCUCUCCGCCGUAAGCCAAGAUGCGACCCGCGGCUUCACCGACCUGCGCCAGACUAUCAUCAACCGCACCCGAUCGCUCUCCUUGAACACCUCACCACCAGCCGACGCCGGUUCCUCUCAGGACACGGGCGACCAGACCACCCCCACCCGCGCCAAAGCCCUCUCAUCAGAAGAGGCCCUCGCCGAAUCCGAAUCCGUACUCACCCGUCUCAAAGAAGAAGCCGCCAAACGCCUAAAGGAUCUCCAGAAAGCCGAAGACGCCGCCGACGAAGCUCUCCUCAGGUUCGGUUCCAACCUCCGCGACUUCUUCCGCGACGCCAUCCAAAUCGCACCACCCACCAACGAUCAGGGAGACAACCAGGGCAACACCGUUUUGUUCGAGAGCAAGGAUGCCGCUGGGAAGAGGGUGAUCCACACCUCGCGGUUCGAUGCGCAGCUUCACGUCAUCCACACCACCACGGACAACUUCAUCAAGGAUGGCACUGGCGCCGAGUAUGAGACCUGGGCCAAGGAGUUUGAUGUCGAUAAGAAGACGGAGGACAUCGCUACUGAUCUCGCCAAGUACCCUGAGUUGAGAACGACAAUGGAGAAGCUGGUUCCCGACACGGUUCCCUAUGCGGAUUUCUGGAAGAGGUACUACUUCCUCAGACACGGUAUUGAGACUGCUGAGGCCAGGCGUAGGGACUUGCUCAAGGCUGCCUCGGCUGAAGAGGAAGUUGGCUGGGACGAGGACUCUUCCGAAGAAGAAGAGGAGGAGGAGGAUUCCAGCGAGGAGGAGUCCAGUGAUGAGGAGGAGUCGGCCCCCGCCAAACCUGCCAUUGCCAAACCUGUGCCUACUGCUGAGGCCAAGCGCCCUGGUUCUUCAAACUCUGCCUCCACGAUCAACCCUACUACCACUGCUGCCAAGCCGGCAGAGCCUCGCAAAUCUGACGACAGGAAAUCGAUGGCGGAUAGUGACACCAGCUACGAUGUUGUCGGCGCCGCGUCUGGUGUACCCAGUCAGGCGCCCAACAGUCCCAAGGACGCGAAGAAGCUCGAUGACAGUGAUGGCAGUGAUGAGGAGGAUUGGGAGUAG